AGGCGAAGCUCUCACCCCUCCCCUCCCAUGGCGACGGCCCUCAAAGCUCCCUCCCUCUCCCUCUCCUCCCCCACCACCCCCACCACCCACUCCCUCCCCAAAUCCCCCCUCCUCUUGUCGUUCCCGAGCACUUCCCUCUCCCAAUCCCCCAAAUUAGCGCUCUCCACGCGGAGAAACCCUAGCCCUACGGUUUCCGCCUCCCUCUUCUCCAAGGCGAAGCAAACGACCAGCGACUCGAGAUCAACGAAGGUGCAGGAGAUGCACGUGUACGAGAUCAACGAGAGGGAUCGGAGUAGCCCCGCGUACCUUCGCCUCUCCGGGAACGAGGUCAACUCCCUCGGCGAUCUCGUCCCCUUCUCCAACAAGCUGUACCACGGGAACCUGGAGAAGCGGCUGGGGAUCACGGCGGGGCUGUGCAUUUUGAUCCAGCACGUGCCGGAGCGGAACGGCGACCGCUACGAGGCGAUCUACAGCUUCUACUUCGGUGACUACGGCCACAUCUCCGUGCAGGGGCCGUACCUCACCUACGAGGAGUCGUACCUCGCGGUGACCGGCGGCUCCGGCGUGUUCGAGGGCGUGUAUGGGCAGGUCAAGCUGCAGCAGAUCGUGUUCCCUUUCAAGCUCUUCUAUACAUUCUACCUUCGCGGCAUUCCUGAGAUCCCACGCGAACUUUUGGACACGCCGGUGCCGCCCUCGCCCACCGUGGAGCCCACCCCGGACGCCAAGGCCGCCGAGCCCCACGCUGCAGUGAAGAAUUAUACCAAUUAGCGCGACGGCGGUGGCGGGGGAGACGGAAUUUUCAUCCUGUAUUGAAGACAAAAAAAGAGAAGGGACAAAAUAAAAUUGUAGAUUGUUGUAUGUUGGUUUUUAGUGUGGUGUAUUAGUAGUUGAUUAGUGCAGUAGCUAUUGUUCUGAUCGUGUUUCUGACCCUUUUUCUUCUUCUUCUUAUUUUUUUCCUAUUUUGGUUGGGCGAGGGUAUGUAUAAUUACUGGGCCUGUAGUUGCCUUUGUGGCCAUGUUUUGGACCUUUAAGAGAGAUCAAGCAGCUUAUAUUUAGGGUGCGUUUGGUUUGCACUA